CUCAUUUGGAACUUCCAUUCUCAUUUUUAGCCUUAGCAACACAUACGCAAUGGCUGAUUUUGAACACUGCAUUUCCGUUUACCUCCGGUGUAAAGAAAAGAUCCGUUUGUCAUUCGAUCCGUUGACUCUUCAUGUCCAUGUCAGCAGUGCAGGUCGCCGCCUUGUGCAAUGAGAAGGCGUAGACAUACAAAACGAGCCAAGAACCGGUGCCAGAAGACUCCCUCCCCGCGACACGCUCUGGCCAUCAUCGGCAGACUGAUCCGCAGAAGGAUAGAGAAGACGACCAUUUAUAACAAGGGCGUGAGCCUGGUUCACAUCUUACACCUGGGGUGGAGAGACAAGGCCCAGGAGCCCCACCCAGACGGGGUGGGUCGUGGUGAAGACGGUGAGGCCAGUAUGGACGACCCCCCUGUCGAGAAUGGGGAUGUGACACAAGGUAUGUGACAAUUUAGUUUAUUUAGAAAGUUUAGUUCUGAAAACUUGGAAGGCUAAAAUUGAUUUUAAUAAGAUGGGUUUGAGGGUUGCGUAGCUCUUAGCAUUAGCCUAAAGUGGUUUGGCUGACUCGCUUUCCUCGUGUGUUGCAUAACUGAGAUGUGCUGCCACAGCCUAGGAUUUCCCAACGUGUUCUAUAUUUAGAAUUCCUAUGAAUGUUUUUAUGGAGACUCGCACACAGAUGGAAAUCAAGUCUCGCGCCAAUUGGAAUGAAAUCUAAAUUAUUAAAUCAUUUUCAACAUUAAAAACAAAAUACAUUUCUCAUUAAUUAUUGACUUACAAAGACAACUGCAAAAUGUAAAAAAACACACACACAAACACAAGAACAACAACAAUGACAUCAACAACAACAUAGAAACAUGUGACGUCGAACACAAAGUAAUACGUUGAUGGCAAAAAAAAUAUAAAUAAGUACUCACAUUUAUUAUAAAACUUAAAUGCCAUUGGCUCCACUGUUCUGAACAUCACAUUUUUCACACACCAAAGAUUAGAAAUAUUUAUUGAGCUGACAUAGUACAGCACGUGAGGCACAGCACACGAACACAGCACAUGAAACACAGCACAUGAAACACAGCACAUGAAGCACAGCACAUGAAGCACAGCACACGAAACACAGCACAUGAAGCACAGCACACGAAACACAGCACAUGAAGCACAGCACACGAAGCACAGCACAUGAAACACAGCACAUGAAGCACAGCACACGAAGCACAGCACAUGAAACACAGCACAUGAAACACAGCACAUGAAGCACAGCACACGAAACACAGCACAUGAAACACAGCACAUGAAGCACAGCACACGAAACACAGCACAUGAAGCACAGCACACGAAGCACAGCACAUGAAACACAGCACAUGAAACACAGCACAUGAAGCACAGCACAUGAAGCACAGCACACGAAGCACAGCACACGAAGCACAGCACACGAAGCACAGCACAUGAAGCACAGCACAUGAAGCACAGCACAUGAAACACAGCACAUGAAACACAGCACAUGAAACACAGCACAUGAAGCACAGCACACGAAGCACAGCACAUGAAAAACAAUGAUUAAAAAAAUAGAACCGCUCAUGCAUGGUCCCAUCCACCCCCCCCCCCAACCUUACCCAACCGCUUCCAAAUUAUUCUCACAACAUUAUAUAAAUAUGAGGUAAACAAAUAAAAAAAAAAACCCCCCAAUCAUGGCCCCCCCCCCCCCCCCCCCCCCCAGCCUUACCCAAACGUUUUCAAAUUAUUUUCAUAACGUUAUAUAAAUAUGAGGUAAACGAAUGAACUAAUUUGGUCCCUACAUUGCUUAGUCCUACCGACAAACUCAGAUGCAAGCUUACCGAGCACUUCAUCAAGCAUGGCUCCUCCCAGAGCGGAAACGACGUCACAUCACUCCACCCCGUCAGUGUCGGGCGAGUCAGAGCAUCAUGGGAUAGACACUAAUAUCAACGCCAUCAGACACGAGCAGCCUACUAGACCCAAUCGAAGCAGAGCCAAGAAAGACAAGACUAAACGAAAAACGAUCAAGCGCAGAGGACUGGUUGCUAGGUCGAUUGGAAGUAAGCUGGCGAGUUCAUUCAUUCUCUGAACAUAGUUUCAACUAACUACAUGAGACUUUUAGGGGGGGGGAAGGGGGGGGCGCGAGGAGAACAACCUGAGAUAAUCCUAUAUCAUACUAUUAUUGAGUUUGGCUAAAGAUGUGGGUCCUUUGGAAUGAAAUGAGCAAACUAUAUGAGAGAGUGCGAUGAGAUUGAUUGGCUGACCAAAUGAGAGAGUGCGAGGCCAUUGAUUAGCUAACCAAAUGAGAAAUGGCGAUGAGAUUGAUUGGCUAACCAAAUGAGAAAGUGCGAUGAGAUUGAUUGGCUAACCAAAUGAGAGAGUGCGAGGCCAUUGAUUAGCUAACCAAAUGAGAAAUGGCGAUGAGAUUGAUUGGCUAACCAAAUGAGAAAGUGCGAUGAGAUUGAUUGGCUAACCAAAUGAGAGAGUGCGAUGAGAUUGAUUGGCUAACCAAAUGAGAGAGUGCGAUGAGAUUGAUUGGCUAACCAAAUGAGAAAGUGCGAUGAGAUUGAUUGGCUAACCAAAUGAGACCACGUGAAUCGCUUUAGCUAAGCAGCUAAGCGUCAGAGAAUGAGUUGAGAGGGAAAAUAAAUAAUAAUAUAUGCACAUAAACUUCUCGCUUGUACAUACACUUCUUACUUGUACAUACAUUUCUAGAUUGUACAUACACUUCUUGCUUGUACAUACACUUCUUGCUUGUGCAUAACUCCUUGCUUGUACAUCAACAGGACCAAAACUAACCAUGUCCCUACGACACAGACGAGCGCCCAUUCCACAACCCAGCCAGAACACCAAAGGAUCGAAGAAACUGAAGAUGCUCCGACGGAGACUGGAUAAGCUGAAGGACGACGUCCAGCUGAUCGCUUCAUCCUUGACCGAAGAAAUCGAAGGACUACAGUUUCGCGAGACAACUACCGGGGAGGUCGAAACGUUGGGCCAGGAAAGUGAAGCGUCGCCCGGGACCCACCCGUUGGAAUCCAGUGCGCCGCCGCCGGGUGAAGACGCCGAGCCAAGACCAUCUGAACAGCGCGUGAACAAACGGAACAAAGGGCGCACACGCCGCCAGACGCUCGACCUCAUCGACAUGUUUGAGGCGGGGCCGAGCCACGGGAGGACCGACGUCACCAAGGACAGAGGGAAACAUCCCAGGAGGACCAAACGUGCUGCCCGAAAACCCGAGGGCGCCUUCCCUAAAAGCGUGUCGAGGUUAUCGGCCACGUCCUCGUCACACUUGCAUACGUGCGGAUCAUCGGAAAACCCGGAUUGGCCAUCGCUACCGGCAUCUGGGCGCCUCAAGGGAUUGGUCAAAGAAACGGCCAAGGAGAUUGUAAAAAAUAAACAGAGCAAAUCAAUUACAGGGCUUACAAGACGGCGCUGGGCGGACAUAGUCGCAGUGCGCAUCAAUGAUAACACGAGGUCGGAUCAACAAGCGAGCACUUCUGGCGUUGAGAACAAUGUUUUUUCACCGAGGACAUGGGCUUCGGUUGCCUCCAGUUCAUCCAGAAGCGAUCCAAUGGAUGUGACAAGUUCCUCCGCUACUGAAAAUGUGAGGCCCGUGUCUGCCAGCUUAUCAAACGGUCCCGUCGGGUGUAGGAAGAAAAAGAAAAUCGAAUCUAAAAUUUCAAACUCUGAUCAAUUAUUGGUUGAUGUGGUAAAUGGAAAAGGGAAAACCCAGUCCCUAAAAUGUACACGGAAAAAAAUUCACGAUCGUUUUGAUAAUUGUAUGAAGUUGAAAUCUCAACAGCAGAACAGAGUCCAAUCUGAUUCUGAUAUUAUCCAGUCGCGGGAUCACAAACCAAUCACGACGAGUAAUCAGGGCGAGACCUCAAGCAGCGAAGUUCGAGCCAACGAGACGAAAAAGGACGGACCGUCCAACUGGUAUAUUGACAAUAUGUCUGUCGUGUACACAAGGCCGGUCGCCAGCGUGAUCUCCCUGAACGCUCCUCUAGAAGCCAGGGCCAAACAGAUGAACCGCUGCAACAAUAGAUCAGUGACGCCGUCGAAGACCCGAGAGUAUCUUACUCUCUUUGACGUCGAACCAGCAAGCGAGACUCAGACUGAUCCGACAACAAGCAUAGACCUCUGUGAUCGCAUGAGCAUGAUUUCAUUUCAAUCGUCCUGCGAAACGAACUCGAAAGAGACAGCCGGGCCGUCAAGGUGUAAAACGAGAGGCAAUAACUCGCCUCGCAAGGCGUCGAAGCACAAACGUCUCGCAAACCCGGCCAAUCAAAAAGAGGUUUCCAAAGCGGCUCAGGACGAGGUGGAUCCCCCCAAGUCAAAGAAAAAGAUAUCGCUGAAGUACAGGGCGUUGCUGCGAGGAGAGAGCGGUCGCCUCGACGCCAAGGCGGUCACGGAGAUGACGUCAAGAAGUAAAAAGACGGACAGCCUGCAGGAGGACAAGCUUGCCAAUAGGACCUUGCAGAGACGCCAAAGGCAACGUCGUCAGGAGGCCUCCCACAAUCUGCAGAGAUCCCCUGCGGUGGCCGCGGAGAGACAAGCAACUCGAUCGGCAGACGCCACGCCCUGGUGCGUCCCUGGUGCGGCGGCAGCACCACAAAGAACCGCAGCCGCCUCGGCUAGAGCAGAUGGUGCGUCCACUUCAAAACGAGGAGUUGAUGGUGAGGACAAGUCUGAAAACAGUUGGGAUAACCACGCCCAUCUGAUGCACAAAGCUGACGUCACUAAAUCUAUGCGAAAGGCUUUGCCCCCAAUAAGUAUGUUCGAAUAAAUUAUUUGUUAUUCUUUUCAGCCAUCACUUCAAAACAUUCAUUGCAAAGUUAAACUCGUGCUGCUGUUCUUAUCAAAGUAAUUUUAUUUUUAACAUGCUUUAGUUUAUUGAGGUCGCGCCAGGACGAUACUGUUAUUUUGUUCACAAUAGUAGCUCUCUCUCUCUUUAUCUCUCUCUCUCUCUCUCUCUUUAUCUCUCUCUCUCUCUUUAUCUCUCUCUCUCUCACACACACACACUCUUUCUCUCUUUCUCUCACACACACACACAUACAUUUACGCACUCCACUCGCUGACCCACGUGCAUAUGAAAUUACAAAAAAUGCACAUUUUUAAAUGUAAAAAAAGGGCACCAAAGAAUAUGAAUUUUUUAAAUUAAUUUUAACGGAACAAUAAAUGCAUAAUGGGACAUCUCACCUCUUUAUUUUGCUUUUGGACUGAAGAGGGAUUACGUACGGUUUGCUGAACCCAGGCCCUGGCGAGGCUAAUGAAAACGAUGGCGUAAUCACUCACACACGCCCACAGACACACACGUGCUUGGCUUGUUAACAAAACAUAAACAUAAUCAUAUUUAAUUAUUACGGUUGUCUCAUGGUUUCUGCCAAUUCUCUUCAGCUCGAGGUCUUUCCUUGAAAACGUCUUGUUCUAAAAAUGUCAAGGCCAUUUCUGAUCGGAUUCGUUUCAGCGCUCCAGCGUCCCGUGUCGGCACAGAGUGCGCCAGAACUUACGAGGUGCCACAAUAAAAUCUGUUUGGAGCUGCACACCAUUGGUAAGGAAAGCCUUGACAUUGGAUGGUAAGUUGGCUUCAUGGCAAGUGCAUUUAGUUCAUUCGUAUAAACAGACAGCGUUAGCUUGGUCCCCAGGUGAAUAGAAUAUUGGGCCCCCUUGCCACGCCCCUGCUUCGUGGGCUGUAGACCCACCUGUUUCUGACCCCGGUUGACUAAUAUCGCAAGUAUCGGUAACUUAUAAUAUCCUUUACUCGGUGGAGAGCUGUAAAGGUCAUAACAAAGCCGGCACAGUUUACAUAUUUGCCUUGUUAGCAGUAGAGAGAUAUUUACGCAUACAAUAACUAAAGUAUUACAUUAAAAAUGUUUAACAUUGCACUACCUUUUAAUUUGUUAUAAGCAAUAAUACGCCAUCCAUGGUGAGCUAAACAUUUUUUUUGGUUUCAUUAUUCAUGUAUUUUAAAAACUCAUGAGUAGCCAAUUUCGGUCCAGUAGUACAGAAACAGGUAGGUUGCUGAGUGAGACGCAUAAAAUAUCCAAUAUAAUAUGUGACUAGCAACAGAGAAGCAACUGACAAGGAACAGGUGUCUGAACUAUCCAUUACAGAAAACUUGGAGAAAAGGGGGGGGCGCAUUAUAUAAGCAAAUUAUGACAUAUGAGAAGAUAAGUACUUUUGUUUGACACACAUGUGGAAAGGUGUGUCCAGGCCAGGAUAAGACCAACCAAUCGAGACUAAUCCGUAAUCCAGGGACUUCUCUUGGCUCAUUCAAGAGAGUGGAAACUUUUCCGACUAAAAAUGUUUAAGUCAGGAAAACACACAAAAAAGAUAAAUAAAAAAAUCUGAGUGUUCUGAACACCUAUGUCAAAUCCAGCCCAAUCCGGCGACGGCGUUGCCACUAAGGUGUUUCCAACAUGUGGCGUUCCUUUAGUCCAAGUGCUGCUAGGGCUACCUUUGAUUCUCCAUGAAAUCCACCUUGUUCCGAAAGCGAGAUUACAUGGCAGGUUUUUUUUUUUUUUUUUUUUUAAAUUAAAAAAAAUUUAAACAGUGGUUCUCAAAUUGAUUGGUAUUCCCCCCCCCUCCCCCGAAGAAGGUCAUGAGAUGUCCCAGGGGUGUGGUAAAGUGAUCCAAGGGGGUGGUGGUAAGUUAUUUAAGAAAAUCUUUUUCUUUUUUUUUUUAAAAUUAAAAUUACAUAGAUCUUUGAUUACUUGCCUUGAAAAAGAGUCAUAAAUAGACAUCAGCCCAUCUGUGUGAGGGGUAUGUGAACAACAAGACAUGAUUGACUAAGUAAGGCGCAGUCCUUAACUGUACAAAUGUGGUGAAGGUAUUUUAGAGUAGACCCGCCGACAUGUUUGUGUACACACUGACUGGACACAUAAACGAGACAUAAAUAUAACGCUUACUUACUUACACUGUUUCACUUUAUGACUCUGUUUUCAUGAAUGUUCUAAGUCUUGUUUAUUCAAAAGUCAUUUGUCUAAGGGAGAGCGCUGUGACUGUGCUUACUUGUUGACUUAUUAUAAAGUGACAACAACUUACCCCCCGGGGCCGGUUGCUGCCGUGGUAUUGUUUAUUUUUCUUCGUAGUGUUUCAUUCCUCGCAGACAUCUGGUGGUUAAAACUGAGCGUUUAAAGACUUUAAAUAAUGCGAGUGUGUAAGUCACGUUUAGAGGCUGUUGGACACUGUGGACGUUGUUAAAAAUAUUAAGGCAUCUAUCAGCCCUGACACAAAGGCACCAGACAAGACUCGGACACGAUUCAGACAUGACUCAAACACGACUCAGACACGACUAAAACACGACUAAGACAAGAUUCAGACAUGACUCAGAUACGACUAAGACAUAACUCAGACCCGACUCGGACACGACUCAGCUAUUCGCUUAUUGCCAGAAAGAUUUACAGAAAAAUCAAUUUACAUUUGCUUUGAGAUAAGGUUUAUCAGUUAUAAAGAAAGUGAAUCAACUUUUCUUUCAUUACUGCGCAAUAUCCAUGGGACCUAAAAGAGAAAAACGGGCGGGAUGGGGGCUGACAAGAUGACAAAUUAAGUGACGUCACAAAUGUUACCCAUUGCUGUAAACCAGACGUGUCGCGCAACCUGAUUUUCAAACUGUCCCAUACACCUCAUUGAGUCUGCCUGCUCUGGUGACACCCUGCUCUGGUGACACCCUGCUGUGGUGACACCCUGCUCUGGUGACGACACCCUGCUCUGGUGACACUCUACUCUGGUGACACCCUGCUCUGGUGACACACUACUCUGGUGAAUCCUACUCUGGUGACACCCUGCUCUGGUGACAGACUACUCGGGUGACACUCUAUUCUGGGGGCACCCUGCUCUGGUGACACACUACUCUUUUGACACCCUACUGACACCCUGCUCUUGUGACACUCGACUCUGGUGACACCCUGCUCUGGUGACACACUACUCUGGUGAAUCCUACUCUGGUGACUCCCUGCUCUGGUGACAGACUACUCGGGUGACACUCUAUUCUGGGGGCACCCUGCUCUGGUGACACACUACUCUGUUGACACCCUACUCUGGUGACACCCUGCUGUGGUGACACCCUACUCUGGUGACACCCUGCUCUGGUGAUACACUACUCUGGUGAAACCUUGCUCUGGUGACACCCUACUCUGGUGACACCCUGCUCUGGUGACACCCUGCUGUGGUAAUACCCUACGCUGGUGACAUCCUGCUGUUGUGACACCCUUCUCUGGUGACACCCUGCUCUGGUGACACCCUGCUCUGGUGACACCCUGCUCUGGUGACACCCUACGCUAGUGUCACCCUGCUCUGGUGACACCCUGAUGUGGUGAGAUCCUGCUCUAGUGACACCAUGCUGUGGUGAUAUCCUUCUCUGGUGACACCCUGAUGUGGUGAUAUCCUGCUCUGGUGAAAGCUUGCUGUUGUGAUAUCCUGCUCUACUGACACCCUGAUGUGGUGAUAUUCUGCUAUAGUGACACCCUGAUGUGGUGAUAUCCUGCUCUGGUGACACCCUGAUGUGGUGAUAUCCUGCUCUGGUGAAAGCUUGCUGUUGUGAUAUCCUGCUCUACUGACACCCUGAUGUGGUGAUAUUCUGCUAUAGUGACACCCUGAUGUGGUGAUAUCCUUGUGACACCCUGCUGUGGUGAUAUCCUGCUCUGGUGACACCCUGAUGUGGUGCUAUCCUGCUCUAUUGACCCCCUGAUGUGGUGAUAUCCUGCUCUGGAGACACCCUGAUGUGGUGAUAUCCUGCUCUGGUGACACCCUGAUGGGGUUAUAUCCUGUUCUGGUGACACCCUGAUGUGGUGAUAUCCUGCUCUAGUGACAAUCUGAUGUGGUGAUAUCCUGCUCUAGUGACACCCUGAUGUGGUGAUAUCCUGCUCUAGUGGCAAACUUUUCUGACUCCUACUUGAUUUAAUGUGACUGUCUCUCUUGGCAAUCCGAUGGCCACCUGCUCUGACUGUUCUCACCUUUAUUUAAAUGAGUUCUGUUUUGAAACGAACUUGUGUCUAUUUUUUUUUAUUUGGUGCCCCCCCCCCCUUUUCCGCCAUUGUGACAGUAUCACCCACUAGUGACGCUACUGCUUAAAACUUCUUGUGAAAAUAUGUAUAUGGUACAUAAAAAUUGUGUCUGAGUGAUUUUAGAAUCAUCUUUAAUUGAAAUUUUAGAUUGUGUGAUAAAUCCAUCUUGAGUUGCUGAAGCACUUGGUUAUUUUGAUGAAUAGUUCAUUCAGAAGCCGAAGCCAAAGUUUAAGAAAUCGUCCUGUGAGUUUCGGCUUCGGCAAAAAUCUGAUGUAAUUAUUAUGCACAUUGGAAGUUACCUUAAAUGAGGAAUAGAAGACAGGGCAUCACAUUAUAAAAAGCUCAUGCUUGAGCGAUAUACAAGUAAAUUAGUAUUGACAAGUACAUAAUAAUAAUUCUAUUAAAAAAAACCUGUAGUAUUGAUGGAUCAAGUUAAUAAAUUAUGUACAAGUUAAUUUUUAAAAUGUUUUAAAAAUUUUCAUUAGACUUCAAUUAUAUGUAAUACUAUUACAUUUAAUUGUCUUUUUAGCCUCCUUACAAAGUGAUGCUAACUCGUGUUCUUUUUCUUAUUAUAUAUAUAUGUAUAUGUAUGUUAUAUAGAUAUAGAUAGAUAUAGAUAUAUAGAUGUAUAUACAUAGAUAGAUAUAGAUAUAUAUAUACAUUUUAUUUCAUUUUAUAUUUUUAUUUAUUUAUUUUUUUAGUUUGCGCUAGGCAUAUGAUUAUGAUGCCAAAAAGAGUUGAGCUGGCCGAAAAAUGUUUGAAAACCACUUAUGUAAAAGGACUCUUUAAUUAAAAAUCAAAUUUGAUCCUUUAAGUAUCGAAGAUUGUUGUUUACUUUACAGGUGGCAUGCCUAUCUCCAUCAGAUUCCAGAGUCGACGUGUCCACACACUGAUGAGCCGUCAACCAGUAGAGCGCUUUGAAUAACAACGAGAGGACAGCAUAGUGAAAGAAAGAACAAAAAAAGAUGACAAACACCAAAGAAGAAUCGACUGCAUGGCGAAGAAGCUUAUUGUAAGACAGCGAGUGGCAUAAAAGAAAAAUGACACUGAAGACGCUCGGAUCUAUUUGCUCGAGGGAGUAGCUGAAAGUUUUCAUAAAUGACUGGUUCAUCAACCAUCCAUUCUGAAUAUACAAGAGUUAGUUGUAUCCACUGGUCUUGACGGUGCACGUUUCCAAGAGAUUCUAUCAACGGACGGUCAUAUUUUCUUUUUCUAAUUGAAAUCUACACUCUACACCCUACACUUGUCUUGUUAAAAUUAUUUAACGCUUCAUUGGAUUUUAUUUC